CACCCUGUAUAUUAAUGUGCAUGUAUAAAAAAAACUCAUGAGAUGAAAUUUUCUGCAAAUUCAAAAAUUGCCAAAAACAAGUUCCGCGAAUCUAAGGCUGUAUGUACAGCACAAAAGUAAACACGAUUUUUUUCAUAUGAAUUAGUAACAAAUAUAAAACUUAAAGGUUGACACUAAUUUCAAUUUAGAAUAACUGUGCACGGCAAGCACGACGGAUAUUUCUCAGCACAAUAGCAAUACUAAGAAAAAAUUUUCAAUUAAAUAAUUUCGUUAGAAAUUUCAUAGUGUUAAAAUUAUUAAAUUUAAAUUAUUAGAUUUCCGUUACAUGCCAAAAUGAGUGCGAAGUUGUGCAGUUUAAGUUUUCUGUUGGUGCUCACGCUACAAACUUCGCUUGUGGUGGGCAAGCAUUUGGUGGACAAACCUUCUUUUCUAAAACCCUGUGAUUUCAAUGGUAACAACUUAAAUACGUGCUUUGCGUCGAAUUUCCAAGUUUUAUUCCGCGAAUGGAAGGAUGGUAUUCCUGGUUUAAAGUCUCUGGGUUCUUUAGAACCAUUAAGUAUAAAGCGCCUUAAGAUAAAUCAAAGUGGUGCACUUCAAAUCAAUGCCGAAAUAGAAAAUUUGCUUGUGAACGGUGCCAGUGGAGCGAAGGUGGUAGAAGCAUCUGUCGACAGAAAUACAUUGGAUGUGUUUGCGAAACUUGAAUUGCCCGAAUUGCGUGCUACCGGUAAUUACAAGGUUAAAGGAUCCGUUUUGGGUCUGAACCUUAACGGACAAGGCACAGCAAGCUUCGUAGCAAAGAACAUCAUCUUGUCUUUCAACAUUAAAACGAGGUUGCGUCGCACAGAUGAUUUAGUAUUCUCCGAGAUCUUAAGCCUUAAGGCGAAAAUCCUUAAUAUCGGCGACUUUCACAUAGAUGUGCAGAAUUUGUUUGGCGGCCAGCGCGAUCUUGAAUAUACCGCCAAUGAUCUAUUCAAUCAAAACUGGCGCGAAUUAUAUGGAACUCUAGCGCCAACAUUAGAGCAAACGCUGGAACUGGUGUUGAAGGAUCGCUUCACGAAAAUCUAUUCAUUUGUACCAGCAAAUUUCUUUAUCAACAAUUUGCCUUGAAUGUUGACCUCAAAAUUAGAUUGAGUCGACAGUUUUUGAGCGUUUGGAAGAACAAUUAUUGUGAUUAUUACAUGAUUUAUUAAUUGUAAAAGUAUUUUUUAUUUAUGUACUUAAAAAUUAAAUAAAUAUAGAC